AUGGAUGACUAUCAAUACUAUCAUGAUUUAAUCCUUUCAUCUAAAUGCAAAAUGUGUGGUAAAGCGUUUACAUAUGCAAAUAAACCAACAUUGGAUAGAAUAGAUAAUGAAAAACCACAUAGCAAAGAAAAUUGUCAGUUAAUGUGUUGUUAUUGCAAUGUCGUAAAAUCAAAUAAAGAUGAAGAUGUUCAACGUUUAAGAAUCAAUUUAAGAAAUUAUGCAUUAAAAAAUAAUUUACCAAUGACUUUAGAUUCAGUUGAAGCUUAUCACAUUCUCCGUAAUGGAAUUACUGGUGGUCUAUCAAAUGUUCAACAUCGUGUUAAUCUUAAAGGAAUCACGCACAUUAAUAAACUUUCAUAUAAUCCAGAAACUAAAACUGUAUCAAAUGAGGACACCACCAACAUUAUGACUCAUUUCGUUGGUGUUGACUUUAAUUCAUUAUAUCCUUCAUCAUUUUCAUCUAAUCCUCAUGAUUUCAUUCAAUAUACUGACCAUAAAAUGUAUAUGCCGGGAAGAUUGAAUGGUGUUAUCAUUUGUGAUAAAGCAACAAAGAAAACAAAAGCACUGGGAAUAAUUAAGAAGAAAAAUACUUUAUUCGUGGCUGAAGUAAAGGGUCACAUCGAUGAAAAAUACAUUAAUGAUUACAUUAACUUUUUACCGAUAAUAAGAAACUUAGAUAUUAUCACAGAUGAAAAAACAAUUGGCAGUUUUAUGUAUAAUUACAUGAAAUCAAACAAUCUACCAGUUGACCAGAAACAGAGAAAAUUAACUCAGUUAGCAUCAACACACAACCAAUAUCAACCAUUUUCUUCUUAUUAUCUUUGGUAUCUAAUCGACAGAUUUCAUUUUAUCAUCGAUGACAUUCAAUCAAUUUUAACAUUUACUAAAAACACUUGUUUUAAUGAAUUUGCGAACGAAUUUAUGAACGAAAGACAAAAGGCUGAAUUAGAAGGAAAUAAAGGAAAAAGUUUAUUUUGCAAGAUUUCACUUAAUGAAUCAUAUGGUUACGAUGCAAUGAAUACACAAAAUUACACAAAGACUAAAAUAAUGAAUGCACAGAAGGCACGCGUUGCAUGUAUGUCAAAUAAGUUUAAAAACAUAAGAGAAAUAGGAGAGGAUACAUAUCAAGUGAUGCUUAAAGAUAGAUUUUAUAGAUGUGAAACAUGUUUACAAGAGGCAUUCUUCACUUUAGAUAAUGCUAAAUACUGGUAUUUGGUUUUCAUUUAUGAUUUUAUGUAUAAAUGCAUGGAUGUUAAUCGUUUUCAUUUCAUUGAAGGUGAUACUGAUUCAUCUUAUUGGGCAAUCGCCGGCGAUCCAAAUCUUCCUAACACUCAAGCAUUUCAGGUGAUUAUAACCGAUAAACAAUUUUAUGAUAAAAACAUUUACAAAUUCGCACCUUUUAAUUUCUUCUGUUUUGAUGAGAAAUUUAAACCUAAAUUAAAGAAUAAAGCUGAAGAAAAAGCACAUGAGAAGAAGUUAUUGGGUUUAGCAAUUGAGAAACAAGGUGAUAACAUGGUUGCUUUAUGUCCUAAGUGUUAUACAUCAUUCAACGGUUCAAUUGAUGGAAGUGAUUUUAAAAAGAUUGCACAAAAAAUGAAGGGUGUUAGUUUACGACAAAAUAAACAAUUAACACCUAAAAAUUAUUUGGAUAUAAUAAAUGAUAAAGUUAUUUUCGAUGGUCAGAAUAUUAAUUUACAACUUAAAAACGGGUCAAUGACUCGCUUAACAAUCGGUAAGACUGCAUUAACAGGGGCACACACUAAGGCUGUAUGUUGUGAAAAUGGAUGUUGUAUGCCAUUUAUUUAA